AUGCCUACACAAGUUGCCCAGCACACCCCGCUGGCGGAUGCCCUGACGGAGGCUAUCCAGGCAAAGGUCAUCGAAGUCGGCCUCGCACAGUCCAACGAUGCCUCAGCACUGGCCGAGUACAUUACUCUCACCCUCGUCAACGGCAAGAACCAGGAGGACAUUGUCACCGAGCUCUCGACAGAACUCCUUGGCCUUCCCGCCAACGACCCCAUCGUGAUCACACUCGUCGCUUGGAUGUUUGAACAGGUCGAGAUCCUGAACGUCCAGCUCAACGGAGCAGCGCAGCCAUCACAAGUCGCUGAAGAGCCAAACAUUGGCGCGCAAGACGCUUCUGCGAACGUCGAGAUGGACACUGACAUGAAUGCCGGCGAUGCCAGCGAGCUCAACGCACCGACGGGCCCUCGAUCCAUGCGAAAUGGCAACAACCCUCGAGGCGGCCGCGAGAAGCGCAUGCUUGGCAAGGCUCUCGACAGGACAGGCGAUUCCGUUCUGCACCGCACGCGCGGCAACGACAGGAUCAACUCGCACGCCCGCGGUCCGCCGACCGGGCCUCGCGGCAACAUGCGCGGUGGCGGUCGCGGCAUGAACGCGCGCGCCGCCAACAUCCAGGCCGGCAUGAACGCCAUGGGCGGCAUGAACAUGCGCGCCAACGGACCUGCCGGCAUGCCUGGCAUGAACGCCGGCUGGGGCAUGCCCCAGGGCGGAGAGAUGGACCUCAUGGCUAUGAUGCAGCAGCAGUCACAGAUGAUGGCGCAACUGCAACAGCAGAUCAUGAACGGCGCCGGUGGAGGCCAGCAACGCCACGGCAAGUCGCUCUUUGACCGCACACAACGCCCCCAGCGCAACAACAGGCAACAUCAAAACAACAACAAUACCAACAAGCCCGAGGGCGAGGGCGAGGCUGGCGCCGAGGGCGAAGACGUCGACAUGUCGAAGCGCGAGCCCCCCAACCCCGAAGACACGGUGUGCAAGUUCAACCUCCGCUGCACCAACCGCGACUGCAAGUUUGGCCACCAGUCGCCAGCGGCGCCGCCGAACACGCACGUCGACAUGAACGACGUGUGCACGUUCGGUGCCGCCUGCAAGAACAGAAAGUGCGUCGGCCGACACCCCUCGCCCGCCGCCAAGCUGGCCCACCAGGGCGAGCAGGACUGCAAGUUCUUCCCCAACUGCCACAACCCGCAGUGCCCCUUCAAGCACCCCGACAUGCCCCUCUGCCGCAACGGCUCGGGCUGCACGACGCCCGGCUGCAAGUUCACGCACGUCAAGGUUAAGUGCCGCUUCAACCCCUGCAAGAACCCCCACUGCGCCUACUCGCACGACGAGGGCCAGCAGGGCGGCUUCAAGGACAAGGUCUGGACGCCCGAGGGCGGUGCCGCCCACGUCAGCGAGCGCAAGUUUGUCCUCGAGGGCGAGGGGGAUGAGAGCAUGAUUCCGGAGGACAGCGCCAUGGGACAGGAGGAUGACGUUGUCGCGAAGCAGGAGCUGAUUACGUAG